CUCUCCUCGGAAAGGAGUGAGUGAGCAUCGGAUAUCAAGAUACCCUAUCUGGUGGGCAUGGGCCGAGACUCUCCGUCGUGAACAUACCUACUGAGCCUAACCACUCCACACAGGCUAUCUCCAAUCCGCUACCCCAUGGCAUGUGAUGUGUAGCAUACACGUGCCGUGCAUUCUCUUUGUAAGUACCGUACCCUCCUGUGGGCACCGGCGAAUGAUGACCAACGAGGCCGGGAGAGCCUCAUUCCACUGCUAGGGACGUUUAGCCGGAAUCAGAAUCUUGAAACUACAAGAACUAGUUAUACUAUACCGUCCUUGUUUGACCCGAAGGCAGAAGCAGAAACACCCGACCAGAUAUAGUCUUGUUAAGGCCAGUAUGAUACCUAAUCAAUAACAGAGAAGCGUCACCCCCGCAAACCUUCACGCUACACCGUGACCUACGAAACAAAGGACCCACAGCGUUAGCGACGGCAGUAAAUAUUGCCCCUCUAAUAGUAAAGAUCCUAUGGCUAAGGCGUUUAGCCCAUUGCUACUGUCCGUCUUGUCCUUAAUCCCCCCCUGCCUAUCCGGGACAAGGCACACCUGCUCCUCACCAUCUCGAAAUCUCCACGUAAGCGGGGGGCCGGAAUCCAUAUGCUAGGAGAAAUUGUGGACGAAUUUGCGGAAGAGCGCCUAUGAUGGUGCGCCAGACCUCAUCUGAAAGCUAGAAGAGUGUAAAAAACAAAUUGACUAAGGAGGGAGCGAUGGGGAGGAAGACCCGGGUCUGGUUCAUCUCACUUUCAGUUGACAACAAGUCUACACGUCUCAAUGUCCGGACUAUACACGUGAAACUCGAGGCUUCCCCCAACCGGCCCAGCCGAGCUCAAACUCCGGGUUACAGCGCCGGACAGGUCGCAAAGCGGGACCUGUUUGGGGGCCCCUUCGACGACCUGGCAGCCCUCGAAGUUUCGUCCUCCGCGCUGACGACAACCCGGCAACGGAACCCCGGAAACCGCAACCUGCACCACCUGCCGCCAGGGAGCUCCAUAUGCCCAGCAAACUUCUGGCGCUCCCGAGCCCACAAGGCCGGGCGUCGGCCCGGAGACGAGAGAAGGGGGGGGAAGAUGCCCGACGGCGACGACCCCGCGCCCGAAGGGGGGCCGGGACCGCCGCCCCGCUGGUCCGAGGUCGAGGACGGGAUCCUGAAGGAAGCCGUGGCGCGGCACGGCGUGUGCCGCUGGAGCGAGGUCGCGAAGCUGAUCUGGACCAAGGACGCGGGCGACGCGGACGCAGCGCCGGGACAGCGCGAGGGCGAGCCGGGGUGCCGUCUCGGCGAGCGGGUCGCCCCCGGCCCCCCCGCGACAGGGCGCAUAUUUCCCGCUCCCGUCUGCGGCGCCUCCCCUCCGCCAACCGCAACCGGAGCAGGGGCCGGCAUAUGGAGCUACCUCGCGCCUCACCCUCUGAUGCCAGGACGGGCCCGCGGCUAGAGGUCGCGGCCGGGCGGCUCCAGAUACGGAUCUCCAGAGGGUGUCUCUUUGCACACGACGAGUGGGUCGAGCGACCGACACGGUCCCACGUAAAUACCUUGACCCUCACCUCAUGGUAGAAGAGGACGAGACGGAGGUAUAAAGGCGUUGUUAGCGGUAGCGCUGAGAAACGACGGCGGCUCGGGUGAACGAAUCCGUAACUAGGGGAGAAAGCGGCCUUCCUCCGCCUUUUCUAAUGAAACGCGCCAUCCAGAUCCGCGCUCCACAGGAACCCGCCCGGAC